CACAGAUCGGCGGCGAAGAUGUUCCACAGACUUGUGCUGUGCUUUUCAGUAACAGGUCUCGUCCUCGCGCAGCCCCCCGACAGCUCUGGAUUAUUUUACGCGCUGAGGUCCGAGCUGUCAGAGGACGCGAUACUGGUGGCCAAUAACGGAAUACGCGUGCCUUUCGGGAGGUCGGUCUUCGUCGAUCCCAUCAAUGAUCUGGUGAUCCAGACGCAGCCGGGGGACCGGUGCAGCAUCACCGUCCUGGACAACGACCCGCUCUCACAGAGACCGGGCCACCUCUCGCCCAAAAAGUUUCCCUGUGAUUUCGGCCCCAGCGACGUGACAUACGCGCACUACGGAUCGAGGAGUCCGGCGAGGGACAGAGUGCGGCUGCAGCUCAGGUACGACGCGCAGACCGAGACCGUGAUCAUCCCGUUCAUGAUGGAGGUGGAAGUAGUUUUUACGCAGCUGGAGUUGCUCACCAAAAACAUGCCCCUCACCGUCGAGCGCCUCAGAGGGACCAGCAAUCCCAUUGAUAGGAAGAUUUUAGAGUUUACUUAUGACAGAGACUCCCAUAAAUGUGAAGUGGCAUCCCUGUCCAGCAGCAGCGCGCUGCCCAGAUAUGGAAAGCUGAUUGAUGGAGGCAAACUUUCCAAAAUGAUGGAUUGUGAUGAAUUCGUACAAGCUGACAUCCGCUAUCAGCACACGUUUGAACGCAAGUCUCCCAACAGGGACUAUGUUCCCAUGGUUGUGGAGCUGCAGGAUAAGGAAGGCAACCUGAUAAAGCAGGAGUAUUUUCAUCUCAUGAUUCGCAUCAAGGAGGGGGAAGAAAACACUCCUCCCAAGCCCAGCUUUGUGUCUAUGAUGAUGAUGGAAGUCAGCCAGUUUGUCAUGACCGCUCUAAUCCCCGACAUGCUCGCUGCUGAAGAUGUCGAGUCAGACCCAGAUGAGCUUAUUUUCAACAUUACUUCUCCCCUGUCGUAUGAGGAGGGCUACAUAGUCAGCACUGAUGACAGAAAUCUGCCCAUCACGUCCUUUUACCAGAGAGACCUGCGCGAUCUGAAAAUAGCUUAUAAACCUCCCUCUCUGGAUUCAGACACAGAGAGGAUUUUCCAACUUGAAUUUGAGGUGGUGGAUACGGACGGGGCCAUCUCAGACCCGUUCGCCUUCAUGAUCGUCGUGAAGCCGAUGAACUCUCUCGCCCCCGUCGUGACGCGCAACACGGGUCAGCUGCUGUACGAGGGACAGUCCCGGCCACUUUUCACAACCCAUAACUUGGAGGUCAGCGACGAAGACAACCUGGACUCGGUCACGAUCACGGUGGUGGAUGGGCUGCGGCACGGGGACCUGAUGGUGCUGGGCUCUCACAGCAAAUUCUUCACGCCGGCUGACCUUAUCAUGGGAGUGGUCGUGUAUCAACACGACGGGAGUGACACAUACAGUGACAACAUUGUCUUUAAGAUGACAGAUGGAAAAAAUGAGGUGGAAUUUCUCUUCCCUAUUACAAUCGUUCCCACUGACGACGAGCCACCAAUAAUAAAUGCCAACACUGGUCUGGUGCUCUUCAAAAAUCAAAUGAUGCCGAUUUCUCCCCUCAUGCUCAGCGCUGCUGAUAUCGACUCUGAGGAUUCGACUAUAAAAUUUACCAUUGUUCCCCCUCUAUCUACGAUUGGCACAGUGCUCCUACGGCAGUCGGACGCCCCCGAGGACCCCUCCUCUUGGAAGUUUAAUGCCGAGGAUGAAGUGUAUGAGAAGGAAGUGACAGAGUGGCUGCAGAAAGACAUCACUGACGGGAAGUUGUUCUACAAGCACACGGGCCCUCACAACACAGACACAGUCAUAGAUCAGUUUGUAUUUACGGUCCAAGAUGACAACGACCCCCCGAAUGAAUCGGGAGAGAAUGCGUUUAUAAUUCGUGUUUUACCUAUUGAUGAUGUGCCUCCUGAGCUGUAUCCUGGCACCACUUUGCGACUGACCGUUCAGGAGUACAAACUCACUCAUUUUAGCAAAGAUGUUCUGCGCUACACUGAUUUGGACUCUGAGGAUCGCGACCUCAAAUAUACAGUCGUCCAGCCCCCGACCGAUACAGAUGAAAACAACCCGGUUCUGUUCGGCUCUUUGGUUCUGACGGACAGCCCAGGCACAGACGUCACAGAGUUCACACAAGCCCAAAUUAACCAUCAUAAGAUCUCCUACUCUCCCCCGGAGGUCGAACUUGGCAUUACUGCUCACGUCGUGCAGUUCAGGUACACCGUUGAAGAUAUUGCUGGAAACAGCGUGGAAGGGACCUUCACCAUCUAUCUCCAGCCCGUCAACAACAAACCUCCUCAGAUCACAAACACUGGCUUUUCUGUGUUUGAGCGUGGCAUGCACAUCAUCACCAUCGCCGAGUUAGACGCCACAGACCCCGACACGGAAAGUAAAGAAAUAACCUUUGCUCUGAGCCAGCCCGCGAAGCACGGACAGAUCCAGGCUGCGUUUAUUGACCUUGAGAAAAAAGGGAUUUUCAGACUUGAGGACAUUUCGGCGGGGAAGAUAUCAUAUAUUCAUGGAGGCGAGGAGACAGUGAGCGAUGAAUUUCAGUUGGAUGUCAGUGACGGGAUUCAUGUUGUAACCGUGACGGUCAAAGUUAAUGUGAGGCCCGUCGAUGAUGAAACCCCAACUGUCAGCCUGCCACCGGGAACAAUCGGGUCCCAUAUGGAUGUGCUGGAAAAUGGCGCCGCCGAAAUCACGGCGAAUGUGAUUCAAGGCCACGACGACGACACAGAUGACCUCCAGCUGACCUUUAUUGUGGAAGAUCCCCCGGUCGUGGGAGAAAUACUGGUCAAAGGAGUGCCUGCCACCAGGUUCACUCAGGCCGACAUAAUUAAUGGCGUGGUGGUUUACGCACACACGGGCGGAGAGAUUGGUCUCCUCUCGCAGCAGGAUGGCUUCAAUCUGACUCUCACAGACAUGUCUGAUGAUUGGACAGUAGGCGGCAACAAGGUCAAUGGAGUCCAAGUUCGGGUCACCAUCCUUCCUGUGGACAGCCAGGCCCCUGAAGUCGGAGUUGGGAUUCAAUUCAGUGUCAUUGAAGGUGAGAAAUACGCCAUUGGCCCUCAGCACUUGAACGCUGAUGAUAACGAUACUCCAACAGAUGAUAUCCUUUGCACCAUCAUUGUCCAGCCCACUGCCGGCUAUGUGGAAAAUAUAUCUCCGGCUCCAGGCUCAGAGAAGUCCAGGUCAGGAACGGCUAUCAGUGCUUUCACUAUCAGAGAAAUCAGGGAGGGCAAUAUCUACUAUGUGCAGAGCAUUCACAAGGGGGUUGAGCCAGUAGAAGACAGAUUCACAUUUCGGUGCUCUGAUGGCAUCAAUUUUUCAGAGAACCAUUUCUUUCCAAUCGUGAUCAUCCCUGCAAAUGAUGAAAAGCCGGAAAUUUACUUGAGGGAGGUUGUUGUAAUGGAGGGAAUGAACAUAGUUAUUGACACUCCGAUUCUAAAUGGAGCCGAUGCUGAUAUUCCACCCGAGGAGCUGAUGUUCAUAAUUUCCAAACCUCCAAAAUAUGGCGCCAUUUUAAACCAGCUCUCUACAGGCUCGGUUUUGGUGAGUAAUUUUACUUUAGAGCAGAUUAGAGAGGCGUCAAGUAUAAUUUAUGAGCACGAUGACUCAGAGACAACAGAGGACAGCUUUGAUGUCAUUCUGACAGAUGGAAAAUACUCUGUAGAGAAAACCGCCAUGAUCAUGAUCAUCCCUGUGGAUGACGAGACCCCGAGGAUGGCCAUCAAUGACGGUCUGGAGGUGGAAAUUGGAGAAACCAAAGAGGUGAACAAUAAAGUGCUCAAAGCAACAGAUUUGGAUUCGGAAGACAGCACACUUACAUAUAUCAUCCGGUUUGGGCCGAGCCAGGGCCUCCUGCAGAGGAAGGUCCCGUCCGGGGACCUGGAGAACAUCACGCUGAGCAUGAAUUUCACACAAGCUGAGAUUGAUGCGGGGCUUAUAAUUUACACACACAUUGGACAAGAGGGCAUCCGAGACUUGGUCAAAUUUGACGUCACCGAUGGAAUGAACCCGCUCAUCGAUCGUUACUUCUACAUCACCGUGGGCAGCAUCGACAUGGUCUUCCCCAACGUGGUCAGCAAGGGCGUGUCUCUCAGAGAAGGCGGCAGAGUGACCUUGACUACAGAUCUCCUCAGCACCACUGAUCUCAACAGUCCCGAUGAGAGCUUGAUCUUCACCGUCACGAGAGCCCCAGUCAGGGGCCACUUGGAAUGCACAGACACUCCUGGAAUGCCCAUUGUGUCUUUUACUCAGCUCCAGCUGGCUGGCAGUAAAAUUUACUACACCCACACUUCAGAUGACGAGGUGAAAAUGGACAGCUUUGAGUUCGAAGUCACCGACGGCUACAAUCCUAUUUUCAGAACGUUUAGGAUCUCCAUCGUGGACGUCGAUAAUAAGAAGCCCGUCGUGACAGUAAACAGCCUAGUUGUCACAGAGGGGCAACUUAAGCUGAUUACGCCAUUUGAGCUCACCGCUGAAGACCAGGACACAGCUGAGAAGCUUAUAAAAUUUAUAGUUACCCAGCUGCCUGUUCACGGAAAACUGCUCUUCAACCAGUCCACACCUGUCACCAGCUUCACAAAACAAGACCUGAAUGAAAAUCUGAUCAGCUACAAACACGACGGGACCGAAUCGUCAGCCGACACCUUCUCCUUCACGGUCACCGACGGCACACACACCGACUUUUAUGUUUUCCCCGACACAGUUUUUGAGACAAGGCACCCCCAGACCAUGAAGAUCACAAUCGUAUCAGUCGAUAACGGCAUUCCCCAGAUUGUGGUGAAUAAAGGCGCCCCGACGUUAAAGAUUUUGGCCACAGGUCACCUCGGAUUUCCCAUCAACUCUAAAGUGCUGCGGGCAGAGGACAGAGACAGCAGCCCGGCCUCCCUGGUGUUCCACAUCACCGCCCAGCCCAAACACGGCUACAUCGUUAACCUGGGGCAAGGAAACAACUCCAUCAACACGUUCAGCCAAGCUGAUAUUAAUGACCUGAACGUCUGCUAUGUUUUGCGAAGUGGAGAAAACGCUACAUCCGAUCUCUUCCAUUUCUCCGUGGAGGACAACGGUGGGAAUAAGCUUAAAGGACAGCAGUUCCGCUUGGAUUGGGCCUGGAUCUCCUUGGAGAAGGAAUACUACGUGGUGGACGAGGAGGAGAAGUUCCUGGACGUGGUGCUCAGACGGAGGGGAUACCUGGGAGAGACGUCUUUCAUCGGCAUUGGCACCCAGGACGGGAGCGCGAAGAAGGACGAAGACUUCAAGGGUAAGUCGCAGAAGCAGGUCCAGUUCAACCCCGGCCAGACCAGAGCCGCGUGGCGCGUCCGGAUCCUGACGGACGGGAAGUACGAGCAGAUGGAGACCUUCCAGAUUCUGCUGUCGGAGCCAGUGAUGGGGGUGAUGGAGUUCCCCGACACGGCAACUGUUGAGAUCUUGGAUCCCAGCGACGAGUCGACGGUAUUCUUCCCCGAACAGAUCCUCUCGGUGGAGGAAGACGUUGGCGAGCUUUUCAUCCCGGUGCACCGCAGUGGAGACAUCAGUGAGGAGCUCAUGGUGAUCUGCUUCACGCAGCAGGGCUCUGCCACCGGGACGGUUCCCACCACCGUGCUGUCGUACUCGGACUACAUCUCCCGUCCCGAGGAGCACGGCAGCCUGCUCCGUUUCGACAAGGGCGAGAGGGAGAAGCAGUGUCGGGUGGUGGUCAUCGACGACUCCCUGUACGAAGGAGAGGAGAGUUUCAACGUCAGCCUGUCGCUGCCCGUCGGCGGCCGGCUGGGGAUGCAUUACCCGACUGCCAAGAUCAGCAUUUUAGAAGACAUGGAUGAUGCUCCUGUGUUUUACUUUGGAGAGUUGGAGUAUCAUGUGGAUGAGAGCGACGGCUACGUGGAGGUUCGAGUGUGGAGGACAGGAACUGACCUGUCCAAGACCGGGACCGUCACGGUCCGCUCUCGAAAGGCGGAGCCCGUCUCUGCAGAGGCCGGCGUCGACUACGUGGGCAUCAGUCAUAACUUGGACUUUGCCCCGGGCGUGAGCAUGCAGACGUUCAGAGUCACCAUCCUGGACGACCUGGGACAGCCAGAGCUGGAGGGGGUCGAGAGCUUCGAGCUGGUCUUGCGGAUGCCAAUCAAUGGCAUUCUGGGAGAACCUGGGAAGGCCACAGUCUUCAUCAACGACUCUGUGUCAGACUUGCCAAAGGUCCAGUUCCGCGAGUCGGUGUACUCCGGAGAAGAGAGCGACGGCCGGAUCGCGGCGACGGUUUACCGCAGCGGAGACGUCAGACACCAGUCCUCCGUUCGCUGCUACACCCGUCAGGGCUCGGCGCAGGUCGCCUCCGACUUUGACGAGCGUCCCAACACCGAUGCAUCUGUCAUCAGCUUCUUACCGGGUGAGGCGGAGAAGCCAUGUAUCCUGUCACUGGUUGAUGACACACUGUACGAGGAAGGAGAGGAGCUUCGGCUGGUUUUAGGGAACCCGAGGAGCGACUCGCAGUUUGGCGCAUCAGUAGGCGCUCUGAACGAGACUCUGGUGAAAAUCAAGGACACGGCUGACAAGCCCAUCAUUCGGUUUUUGGAAACCAAGUUCAGCGUGAGUGAACCCAAAGAGUCUGGCAGCGUGGCGACCGUGAGGAUCCCUGUGGUGCGAGUGGGUGACACUUCAAAAGUGUCGGUGGUUCGCGUUCACACAAAAGAUGGGUCCGCCGUCUCAGGAGAGGACUACUAUCCCGUCUCCCAAGACAUCGAGUUCAAACAGGGGGAUAAACAACAUGUGGUGGAGGUGGAGGUGCUGUUCGAUGGAGUCCGAGAAAUGAGGGAAGCGUUCACUCUCCACCUGAAGCCCGAUGAAAACAUGGUCGCCGAGACUCAGGUGACUAAAGUGAUCGUGUACAUUGAGGAGACCAACAGCAUGGCCGACGUCACCUUCCCCUCCCUGCCUCAUGUGGUGUCGCUGCUACAUUAUGACGACGUUGCCAGGACCGCAGAAAACCUCCACCCACCCGCCGGCUACCCGGUCGUCUGUGUCACAGCUUGCAACACAAAAUACCCCGACUACGACAAGACGGGCUCUAUCUGUGUCAGCGAGAGCAUCAACAACACCUUGACCCGCUACCGCUGGCUCAUCAGCGCCCCGGCCGGCCCCGAUGGCGUCACCAGCCCCAUGAGGGAGGUGGACUUUGACACGUUCUUCACGUCUUCCAAGAUGAUCACACUGGACUCGGUCUACUUCCAAGCGGGCUCCAGGGUCCAGUGCGCCGCCAGGGCCGUUAAUUCAAACGGCGACGAGGGCCUAGAGCUCAGCAGCCCCAUCGUCACGGUCAGCCUGGAGGAAGGUAUGUGUCAACCACGUAAGAUGGGGACGAUCGGCGCCGAGCCUUUCUCUGCCAAGCUACGCUACACUGGAGCAGACGACCCCAAACACCCCAACCUCAUCAAAGUGACUGUCACCAUGCCUCACAUCGACGGUAUGCUCCCGGUGGUCUCCACCCGCCACCUCAUGAACUUCGAGCUGAUCCUCAGUCCCGACGGAACGCGGGUCGGAAACCACCGCUGCUCCAACCUGCUGGACUACGACGAGGUCAGCACGGGUCACGGCUUCAUCACCGCGCUGACCCGCAGCCCCGAGAGCAUGGGCGACUCGGCGCCGUACCAGUUCAGCGGCGCUCUGCGGGGGAGCAGCACCCUGCGCUUCUACAGGAACCUCAACCUGGAGGCCUGCCUGUGGGAGUUCACCAGCUACUACCACAUGUCCGAGCUGCUCACCGACUGCGGAGGAACCAUAGGGACUGAUGGACAGGUCCUGAAUCUGGUCCAGUCCUACGUGACCCUUCGCGUCCCUCUCUACGUGUCGUAUGUGUUCCACUCCCCUGUGGGCACCGGCGGGUGGCAGCACUUUGAUCUGCAGUCUGAGCUUCGCCUCACUUUCGUGUACGACACGGCCAUCCUCUGGAAGGACGGCAUCGGCAGCCCCCCGCAGGCGGAGCUGCAGGGGUCGUUAUACCCUACGAGCAUGCGCAUCAAUGAUCAGGGACGCUUGGUGGUCAACUUCCGGACGAGGGCUCAUUUCAGGGGUCUGUUUGUGGAGUCUCACUCGGCAGGCAGGAUGAAACGAGCUGCAGCCUCCAUGUCAUCCAUGGUGAUGUGUGUGGACCACCCCGGCCUGACGUUCAACCUCACCUUAGUGAGGAGCGAGCCCACGUACAACCAGCCGGUCCAGCAGUGGACCUUCAUCUCUGACUUUGCAGUGAGAGACUAUUCUGGGACUUACACGGUGAAACUGAUCCCCUGCACAACAGCACAGAAUAUAGAGUACACUGUUCCACCUGUCUGCAGUCCCAGAGAACCGGUCACGUUUGACCUUGACAUCCGAUUCCAGCAAGUCAGCGACCCAGUUGCAGUGGAAUUCAGUCUGAACACUCAGAUGUUCCUGCUGUCCAAAAGGAGUCUGUGGCUCUCCGAUGGGUCCAUGGGCUUUGGUCAGGAGAGCGAUGUUGCCUUCUCUGAGGGAGACACAAUAUACGGCCGUGUCAUGGUGGACCCCGUGCAGAACCUGGGAGAUUCUUUCUUUUGCAGUAUAGAGAAGGUUUUCCUUUGCACCGGUGCUGACGGUUACGUACCCAAAUACAACCCAACAAAGUUUGAAUUUGGCUGCCUGGCCGACUCCCCGUCGCUCCUUUACAGAUUCAAGAUCCUUGACAAGGCUCAACCAGAGAUGCAAGCACGCACAUUUGGUGAUGUCAGUUUUAAUGCUGUGCUGGCGGCAGAUGAUCCAUCGGCUUUGUCUCUUGUGAGACAACCAGGGUCUGAUGGCUUUAGACUGGACUCUACAGCCAUGUUCCAGGUCGCCACUGGAAGAGAAUGGUACAUUCACACCAUUUACACUGUCCGUUCCAAAGAAAAUGCCAACAGAGGCAUAGGAAAGCGCAGCCUUGAGUAUCACUCAUUGGUUUCCUCAAGCAACAGGCUCCCCUCGACCCCAUCGGACCGCCAGGGCCCUCGCUUGAGGCGGUCCGUGGGCGACGACGUUCCGGGAAUUGCUGAAAAUAUCGGCGCGGAAAACAACCGCGGCACCAACAUUAUGCACGUGGCGCUGGACCGCACCAAGCGCCGGGCGGGGGGUUCCAACGAGCUGUCCGCCGCCGGGCCGGAGCCCGGGGAGCUGAACGCGGUGGAGGAAGAGGAGGGUCUGGUGACCGUGGUGGGGGUGCUGGUGGGCGUUCUCCUGACCGUCCUCAUCGCCGUCACCGUCGCGCUGGUGCUGAGAUCGAGACAGAAGGACGUGAAGGAAGGAUGGAGGGAGGGCGUGCAGGAGGUGGUGAAGGGCUCCGUCAGCACGGAGCCCAUGCUGGUGGUGAGGAUGCAGGACUGCCAAAACAGCUCCGAGGUCUGAGCGAUGAAUGCAUGGAUGAACAGAUGGACAACGGGGUGUAGGGAGUACGUGGGGCUUUCA